AUGCCGUCCUUUUUCUGCCGCGCUGUACGGCACAGGAGGCGCAACCCCCGAUUGCCGUUACAGGGCUUUAGCCAGCGAUUUACCUCGUCGUUCGCAGGAGCAGCAGUUCAAACCGCAAGCAAGCACACUGAAGACAGCUCGAAAAUCGUCUCAAAGCGGGACCUGGUUGUCGACGAGACCGAAGCAGUAAAAUCGUUCCGUGCUCUCCUGCAAAGACGAUCUCGAUGGCCCGAACUGCGAGCAGCUUUAGUCUAUGUUGACGCUUCAUCCGAACAAGUAUUCAAGGAUCUCUCAUCGAUAGAAGAGGUAACAGCGAUUUUGAGGUUAGCCUAUUCGGACGGUGGCUACCUAUCAAAAGAUCCGACUGACGAUAGUCAGAGGAUUUUUGCGGAGUUCGUACUGCGAGAAGUGUCCACCUGUUUAGGAAAGACGAUACCCAGGAACGACCCAGAAACCCAGAAAAAACUGUGGACGGACUUCCUCGCCGCAGCGUGGCGAUUGCAGCUUCUAGAGCCGGUCUUGCUUGAGAAAAUAGCAGAUGUUGCGCAACAAGUGGGGGGCAUCGGUGACACAAAAGCUUGGCAAAUUGUUACUUCGUGGCUUCUGGAUGAAGCCGUAAAAGAAGCCGAAUCUUCUUACCUGCGACCGUCAUUGCCAUUUGUGGCGCCAGUCGGUACCGAGUCAAAGGAAGCGAAACUCGCCUGCGCUUUUGAGUUACUCGCGUUGUCGGAAGGUUCGGUUCACGAAGGUUCGGUUCACGAAGAACUCGAGGACGUUCUCAAUCCAUCUAAAAAUGAAUUCCUCCUAGACUGGAGGCACGCAGAUAUGAUACGUGCCUACAGCUACCUCCCUUUCGAAAGUGGUCCUUCAACAUCGGAGGUUUCCGAAGCAGGAGCCUUCUGGCGACGCAUUCAAUGUGGCUUAUGGAAGCUCGUCUUACCCGCAGAGGAUUCGAAAAAGAGAAGUGCUCUAAGCAGUACGAGACUUUUAACACCCCUGGCGCAUGUUCGUCGCGCACUUUGGCGCUUUGCACAGACAACGCUUUUAUGGAAGAAGCAUAAGUCCGGCGAAUUCCUCACGGAAGAAAAAGAAGUACAACCUGAGCUGAACCCCGUAAUUUUCGCUUUAUCCUUGGUCCAGGCGCGCCGUCUAUGGGACCUUUUCGUAAAGAGCAAAAGCGGACAUGGUAAUAUGACAGAAAAGGGUGAAAAGAAGUCCUCUUACAUGUCGUCUUCCAGCCUGGAGAAGGAUGUAGUGCGAGUUCUUCAUCGCGCGUUAUUGGAUCGGGAAAAUGACACAGAAGAUCAAGAUACGCAGGAUGAUAAUAUAUUUGAAGUACGCGAACAGGUUUCGAUAUAUCCAUUUACAGUUGAUUAUGUGCUCCAAUUGAAGGACGGAUUAAAAUGAAAAUGUAGAAUGCAGAAUGAAUCUACCGACAAGUUGGUUGUAGUCCCAUAGAAAACCUUCGCAAGAAGAUGAGCUGUACUAGAAAAGAUGUCUUCUAGACGAGCCAUUUGUAGGUCAUCAUGAAAUGUUUCUGAGCAGAUCUCAGCGAGAUGCGUGAAAGCGAUUGGUUUUUGUAUCUUCACAUCAAAACGAGCUUCAAGGCUGUCGGUCAAAGUAGUGUUCAUUUGUCUGUCGAUGAGGGGAG